GAGUCAUGAUACAUACGCACGCAGUCGAUUGUUGAAGGUGCUCAGUGCCGGCGGCGUAGUCCGAACGAUUUCAAAUUUGUUUCAACAAAAACACAAAAUCUGCAUACUGUAAUCAAGGAGACUGAUCUAAUUUGAAUUUGAAGCAUUUAAAUAAACCGUAACAAUGUUACCAUUGUCACUCCUCAGGACUGCGCAAAACCAUCCUAUGUUGGUAGAGUUAAAAAAUGGAGAAACAUACAAUGGACACUUAGUUAGCUGUGACAACUGGAUGAAUAUCAAUUUACGAGAAGUGAUUUGCACAUCAAGGGAUGGUGAUAAGUUUUGGAGGAUGCCAGAAUGCUACAUACGUGGAAGUACCAUAAAAUAUUUGAGAAUACCAGAUGAAGUUAUUGAUAUGGUUAAAGAAGAAGUAAUGCAAAAGUCCCGUGGACGAGGAGACAUGAAAGGUGGUCGAGGUGGUGGCCCAGGGCAGAGGGGACGUGGAGGUGCACGUGGUGCCUUUGGAGGACGUGGAGGACGACAAGGACCUUUGGGCAGGGGAGGUGGUCUUGGGGGUACAGGCCGACCUCCAAACAAGCCAAAAAAGAUGUAAUGUUCUCCAUAGCCAAUUAUGUAAUUUCCGACUGUUCUCAAUCAUUUACAACAGGCCAUCCAGUUUUGUUUUGAAAUCAAAUGUUCAUAACUUUUUGAGUUUGUAUAUAGAUGUAAUUUAUGUAGUGGAAUCAUUUUAUUUUACGUAACACUACACUGUGCUGUUUUGAUAGCUUUCUUAAUUUAAUUCAAAUUGAAUUAUUAAAUUGACAAAUGAUAAGAAGAGUUGUAAUUUAUUAUCAAUUUAAAUAUAAGAACAAGAAUAAUUCUUCUAAACGGUCCUCAAAUAAAGAAAAUUCACUAGUGA